AUGUUCCCAUCACCAAACUCAAAUCAAAGAGCUAGUAAUUCGCUACCUUUGCCACAAUCUUCAGCUUCUAGAGCUCGACAGAAAGUUGUACUACAACCAGGUCAUUCUCCAUUAGAUUGGGCUAAUCUUAAAUCCAAGAACCUUCGUGGUUUACCUCCAGGAGCUCCCCCUCCUCAAUUUGUGAAGGUUACUCCUAAGGAAUUAAAGUUGCAUAAUAAAGUAGAUGAUUGUUGGACUUCUAUCAAUGGAAAAGUAUAUAAUAUCACGCCGUAUGUGAAUUUCCAUCCUGGAGGAGUCAAGGAAAUCAUGAAAAGUGCCGGUAGAGAUGGUACGAUGUUGUUUAAUAAGUAUCACAGUUGGGUUAGUGUUGAUAGAAUGUUAAGUAAUUGUUUGAUAGGUAGAUAUGAACCUUAG